AUCGAUACCCCGACAAACCACCACCACCACCACCCGCUUAUCUUAUCUGCUCCUCUCCCACUAGUACAUUUUCUCUCCCCGACAUCUUCACCAAUUCCUCCUCUUACACCCUUAUUCUUCUCUUUUCCUCUCUACUACACCAACUAAACAUACUACACAACUACACCCUCCUCAACAAACACCCCUCAACACCCACACCCACACCCACACCAAUACCAACCCCCCCAAACCAUGCCGCCACUAAAACUCCUCUGCCUCCACGGCUACACGCAAUCCGGCCCCCUCUUCCACGCCAAAUCCCGCGCCGUGAUCAAACACCUCACCAAGGCCCUCCUCCCCACCCACGCCGUAACAACCACCUACCCAACCGGUCCUAUCCACCUCCUUCCCUCUGACAUCCCAGGCUACGACCCUUCCUCCUCCACCUCCUCCGACGAAACCUCCACAGACUCCUACGGCUGGUUCCGCCGCCACUCAACCCUCAACCCACCCCUCUACACAGACCUCUCCCUGGGUCUCGAAACCAUCGCCCAGACAAUCCUAUCCGAGGGUCCCUUUGACGGCGUAAUCGGAUUCUCGCAAGGUGCUGCAAUGGCCGCCAUCGUGGCGUCGCUUCUCGAACCGGGACGAGAGGAAUCUGUUUCCCGGUUUUUGGAUCCGAAGGUGGCGUGUGCGGGGACGGAGUUUGAGGGAGUGGCGGGGUUUGAGGUGCCCCGGGUUUGGUGGGAGGAGGUGCGAAAGGUACAGCCGGAGUUGAAGUUCGCGGUGUGUUAUAGUGGGUUUAGGGCGCCGGGGCCGAGGUAUAGGGGCUUUUAUGAGCCGGGGGUUAGGACGCCGGUUUUGCAUGUGUUGGGGUCGUUGGAUGCGGUGGUGGAGGAGGCGAGGAGUAGGGCGUUGAUUGAGGCUUGUCAGGAGGAGGGGGAGAAGGUGAAAGGGAUGGUGGUGGCGCAUCCGGGAGGGCAUUUUGUGCCGGCGCAGAGGCCGUAUUUGGAUGCUGUGGUGGGGUUUGUGAGGGAUGUGUUGGAGGGGGAGAAGAAGGGAGAGGUGGUGGAGGAGGAUGUGAAUGAUAUGGAUUUGCCGUUUUGAUGGGGGUGGGUGAUGUAAAUACGGAGUAGACGGAGGAUAGACUAGAUUUCAUAGACCAUACAUUGAGUUC